AUGCCUGGCAUGCGUUUGGACUUUCUGCGAAACACCUCGCAGCGUAUUGCAACGGGUAAAUCCAUGCCGCUCAAACAAGUGGAGGCUAUUUUGCUCUACGGUACACCCGAACAGCGCGCAAAGGUGGUGCAGAAGAUUCUUCCUAACACGUAUACUCUCUGCCUCACCAAGUCAACACACCACAUUCUUCUAUCAAUGCUUGAAAAGUGCGAUGGAUUAAUCCGAGUGCAAAUGCUCUAUAAUGUGCGUCGAAAAAUUCUUGAUUUAAGUCUAUCACCUGUUGGUAAUGUUAUUGUACAGGAAAUGCUGGAGAAAUUACCGCCUCAGCAAAAGAGGGAAAUUGCGGAGAUGUUUGUGCUUAAUGUUGAGACCGAUGAAGUCCGACGCCUUUGUGAACAUUCAUUCGGUAAUCACGUGGCCCAAAAACUCAUUGAGCAUCCAAGUUCCCUCGAAGUGGUGGAGGAACGUUUUAUGCCUUACUUAAAUGCUCUAGCUGUGCAUUUGUAUGGGCAGCGUGUUGUUGCAAAGUAUAUGGAAACCACUGAGGAAGGUUGGCGGGUUGUGGUAAAGGCUCUUUUUGGUAAAGAUGAAGAUGGUGAAAUUGAUGAAGAUAGUGUCAACUUUCUUUUUAAGUCAUUAAAUGAAAAUAUCACCGUUUCUGCACUUCUUCGACAUCCAAUGGUCCCUCUAAGUGUAAAAGAUGCUAUUUGUGCUCAUCUCUGUGAAUAUGCAGAGGAAUACUUGAAUCCUAAGCAAACAUCAUCAACUGCAGAAAAAACGGAUGAAGAUGAAUUUGCGUUACCUGAUUUUGGAAACGCACCAACAACCAAAAAAACCAGCAAUGAUGAAAGCGGUAUUCCACGACACCAUCACGCUUAUGUAACAGUUUUUGAAAAUGCUGAUCUUGCCCAAAGAAAAGAAAUGUGGGAGAGCUUAUUAUCUUUUCCUGGACUUAUUGAACACUUGGUAUCGCAUAAAACGGCUGUUGCUGUGGCUGUUGCAGCAUUUAAGACACUACCUGAUAGCCAGGAAUAUUUGUGGUCUACACUAAUGAAAACAGCGAAUGAUGCAUCUCUUGAUAUUAUUGAUGUUGCCCAGGAUUCGGCACGUACCAUGUUGUUACGAGCAGUAAUUGAAGCACGAGGUGAACUUUUCACUACUGCCCACCGACGCCGUUUGGCAGAGUCCGCUCUUACGCUUUCGCAGAACCCUGUAUCUUCACCAGUUCUGCAGAAAAUGUUAGAAUAUUUCAGCGAUGAUGUAUCCAUGACACAGAUUAUGUUAAAAAGCAUAAAAAAGGAAUUACAUCAGCUUGUUCUGCAUAGUUCCGCUUCCUAUCUUAUUCAGUCUAUGUUGCAGUAUGGUGGAACUGAAUUGCGUGAGGAACUGGAGCAGGAGUUGCUUCGGAUAUUUACUGCCAACCUUCCUGAGAUGUUGUCCUUUGCGCAGGGUUCCCGUGUGAUGCAGAAGCUGCUGGCCUACGCCUCCGACGCGGUGGUCUCUGCCGUUGCGGACACUUUUAUCCGCGAGGCCUCGGAGGAGCCCAGCGACGCCCCCACAAACGCCAAGGCGAUGGAGGACGAGGAGAAUGAGGAGAAGAAUGAGAAGAAGAACAGACGUGGGGGCCGCCCCGCCGGGCACUACGCCGUCGCCUCGCGGGCCAUCCCCGCCUACGCGCAGCACCAACACGCCUGCUACGCCCUCCAGGCGCUCCUGCUGGAGUGCGGCGGCCGCGGCCUCGACAGUCGGCGGGUGGCCCUCGCGCGGGCCCUCAAGCCGGCGGUCCUCGCGCUCGCCGUCUCGCCGUGGGCCGGCCGCGUGGUGCUCGACGCGAUGCUGCACGUCAGCGGCCCGGCGCUGCGCGAGGCGGUGCGGAAUGUCGUCUCCCUCAAGGCGGAGGCGCGCCCCACCAACGCCCCCCUCAACCCCACACUCCGACACACACUGCGCAGGGGUCGCAGCGAGGCAGACACCGCCGAGGAGAAACAGGAGGAGGAGAAGAAGGAGAACAACAGGCAUCCACGAAAGAAGUUGUACCGCACACUGAAGAAGUAG